GGCUGCCCGCUAUCUCAGAGACCCGGCCGUCUUCUGACCCGAAUGCACAAUAUCGGACGUUACUUAGUUCAUAAGACGUCCGCUCCUUCUUCACGGCAACCGAAGAAACACCCGGGAUAUCAUGCAGCAGGAUGCUGACAACAGUCUUAUAUCUGUUUAAUAUUUAACUCUCGCAGACUUCCAGGUUGCUUCAGACGACUCAACAAACUAUUUCAGCUUAUCAUCAUGCCAAGACAACACCUAACACCGAACGCGUGCCUAGUAUGCCGCAAGAAAAGGACAAAGUGUGAUGGCCAGAUGCCAUGCCGCAGGUGCAGGUCUCGUGGAGAGGAAUGCGCAUACGAGGACAAGAAAUGGCGUACCAAGGACCAUCUCAGGUCCGAAAUUGAAAGACUUCGAAACGAGCAACGGCAGGGACAUGCGGUGAUUCGGGCUCUCAUCAACGACGAGCAGGACUGGGAGUCGUUCCUAUCACGGAUCCGGGGCGAUGAAUCACCAGAGGCUAUUGCCGACUGGAUACGCUCGAUACGGAACCUUUUUGAGCCGCUCCAGGCGGCGUCAUCACAGAGCAUGGGAGGCUUGGGUGCACCACCAACAUUGCUGUCACCGUCUCAAGCCACCGCUUCCGAGUCAUCACAACUGCACAGAGCCGCUAGCUUCGCUGGCAUUGGCAGCUACAACUUUGGUCAGGGCCGGGUCCCAUUUGACCAGUCCACUCCUCGGAGCAGCUUCUCCUCGGAUCUCUCCCCUACCACCCCCUUCUCGUUCAGGGAACAAGCAGAUUUCAUUCACGCCCCUCAGCCCAUGUAUCCGUCCUCUAGAAGGUUUUCUAGCUCAUCCCUUCCAUCCCUUCCUCUGCGACAUUCUUCGCAACCUCUUGUGCCUGGUAUCUUCAACGAGCCCUUGCCUCAUACUUGGACCAGUAUAACAUCAGACACCCAGCUCGUCCAGAGACUUCUAUCCAGAUUCUUCUCGGCUCCAUGCUCUUUACUAUGCUUCAUCCCGCAAUCUUCUUUCAUGAAGGCGUUUCGUGAGGGCGAUUCCCGCUACUGUUCCGAGGCCCUGGUGAACGCCAUUUUGGGAAAGGCCUGCAAAUCUUACGGUACGGCCUCAAAUAUUGUGUCCAGAAUGGCAUUUGGAGAUGCAUUCAUUGGCGAAGCAAAGAGGCUGCUAGCAACCGAACCGAACCACACGAACCUUCCGAGCACCCAAGCUUUGGCUGUCCUUGCCCUUGCUGAGAUCUCUGAAGGAAAAGACGAUGAAGCCUGGGACUUGGCAUGGGCAUCCGUGAGGGCAGCGAUAACUCGUGAACAGAGCUUUCAUGUGGAUCAAGAAUUCGCAACAGCCAGGGCAGUGUCUUAUUGCGGUGGUUUCACGUUGAUUCACAUGCUACGCCUUCUUACCGGUCGUCUCGACCUGAACACUAGUCCCUUUUUCAUGAGGCUAUAUCAGGGUUCUGAAGAGACUCCUGAAGAUGAGCCACAAAAUCGCAUUGAACGAGGAUUCGCGCUGCAUAUGCAGUUCCUAGCUGAACUAGAACACUGCCCGCCGCUUCCUCGGUUUGUGUUUGAAAUCACAACCGCUGUGCACACUUUUGCGUCGUACAAUUUCUCCAACGCCGCAACUGCCGAAGAGCUUGAAGACGCUUAUGGAAAGUGUCUGGAUGCCUACAAGCGUUUUGAAGAAACAUUUUGCCUUGAUAUGGAUACCACGCCGGACUUGUUGUUUGCACAGAUCUGGUAUCACUAUUGCCUGCUCGCUCUUCUACGCCCCUUCGUAAAGAGCACCGCAAGCUUGAGAGACAGUGCAAUGACAACCCCCAGACUACGAAACGAUGCCAACCCUUCCGAUAUUUGCCAACGAUCAUCUGAGGCCAUCAUCUUUCUCACGAGUACUUACCAAACUCGCUUCUCGUUGGGCAACCCGCCUGAGCUGCUCCCCCAUAUGCUCUUUGCGGCCGUUCUCUAUCAGGUGACGCUCACGCCCGACCCCGAGCACUUGAGCACCAUUGCCAACGACAUUAAACCGGAGCUUUCCGAAUCCCCUGUGAUGAUGCCGUCUCAGGCUGCCUUUGGUGCUCAUGGGAACUCCAAUUUGGUUCCGCCGCCGCCGAUGCCGUUCAACAACCAUGGUUCUUAUUUCCCGCAACCUCUUUCUCCCGUGUUGAAGUUGGAAGUCAGACAGGCAGCACCCCGUCGCGAGUCCAGCAUCUCGUUGUCAUCUACCUUUGACAGCUGUGGCAAUCGCCGACCCAGCGACAGUUUCACAUCCAGCACACUGACUUCUCAUGAUGCUUCGGAGAGAGAGUCCUCCACGUCAGACACUCAGUCCGAUUUCCUCCCGUUUUUCACCUCGGAGCCUGCUGACCUUGUCACCAUCGGUUCACUGCAACUAGCAUCCAUGCAACAUCACGGUGCCGUCGAAGCGACUCGCUUAUUGCGUAGUUUGAGCACCGUGAAGGAUCUAGUGGGAUCCACUCUUGACCUGGAAACUUUGGCCGAGGCAUUGCCCUUCCCCAUGGGUGAUCUCAACACAGCCGUACUCUAUACGGGCCUUGGUCUGCAGAGGGCGCCUGUUGAGCCAAUGCAGGUCACUGGGCCGUAAAGGGUCCUAGGCAACCAAUGCUUGUUACAAUCUCGACCUUCUUUUUGCUUUCCCUUUGUUCACCUAAGGCAUUUGGAUGGGCGGUUUUUUAUUAUGCUUUUUUUUUUUUACUAUUAUUUGACUAUUUUCUAAUUUUUCUUUUGUUGCUUCUGGGGCUCGAUGCGGCACCUUAUUUUUCACCUUUCAUUCAGCAACUGUAAGCAUUUACCCGCUUGGCUUGAGCCGGGAAUGCUGCAGCUUUGGACGACGCCUGUGCUGGUGGUUACUGGGAUGUUGGCGUUAAUAUGAACUGGAUGAUGGGACUGGAUUGGGAUGGUAAACGGAGUGAUACCCGAUGGCUUGGGUUUGCUUCGGUUGGGUUGAGUUUAAGGAGUUUAAUUGGUGCGAGGCAUGGCGCUUGCUUCGUGGGUUGAAGGAUGGGACUCACAGGUCAGGACUUGUUUGCACUCCUAGAGAUCCUACAUACUUACCUACAUUUGCGCGGCGUUUUGGUUUUGCUUUGGUAGGAGUUUUAGAUAUCACCUUUAAGAAUUAUUUUAUUUUUGAUCACACA